CGUUUACCAAUUGCUUAUAAAUAGAGACCUCAAUUCCUCUUCCUGUCCAUCUCGCGUUUCCCCAAAGCACUCUCUCAAGACUCGAUUGAUUCACGAUUCCAUAACAAAAAGCUUUCCGAUUCUUCAACCCCGCCCUAGCCUUCUCUGUCACAAGAUGCCGAUGCAAAUAUUUGUGAGAAGUUUAACUGAGAAGACCAAUACUCUUGUGGUGGAGAGCUCCGACACCAUCGACAAUGUUAAAGCCAAGAUCCAGGAUCAGGAAGGAAUUCCCACAGAGCAGCAGAGAUUGAUCUUUGCUGGUAAGAUGCUUGAAGAUGGCAGGACUCUAGCUGAUUACAACAUCCAGAAAGAGUCUACCCUCCAUCUUACUCUGCGUAUUCGUGGUGGAAUGCAGAUAUUUGUUAAGACAUUGACCGGUAAGACCAUCACUCUUGAGGUUGAGAGCUCCGACACUAUUGACAAUGUAAAGGCUAAGAUUCAGGACAAGGAAGGAAUUCCCCCUGAUCAACAGAGAUUAAUUUUCGCUGGUAAACAGCUCGAAGAUGGUAGGACUCUAGCUGAUUACAACAUCCAGAAAGAGUCUACUCUCCAUCUUGUCCUUCGACUUCGUGGUGGUAUGCAGAUAUUUGUCAAGACCCUAACUGGAAAAACUAUUACUCUUGAGGUUGAGAGCUCCGACACUAUCGACAACGUCAAGGCAAAGAUCCAGGAUAAGGAGGGAAUCCCUCCAGAUCAGCAGAGGUUGAUUUUCGCUGGUAAACAGCUUGAAGAUGGUAGGACUCUAGCUGAUUACAACAUCCAGAAAGAGUCUACUCUCCAUCUUGUCCUUCGACUUCGUGGUGGUAUGCAGAUAUUUGUCAAGACCCUAACUGGGAAAACUAUUACACUUGAGGUUGAGAGCUCCGACACUAUCGACAACGUCAAGGCAAAGAUCCAAGAUAAGGAGGGAAUCCCUCCAGAUCAGCAGAGGUUGAUUUUUGCUGGUAAACAGUUCGAAGAUGGUCGUACCCUUGCAGACUACAACAUUCAGAAGGAAUCAACCCUUCACCUUGUUCUUCGUCUGCGUGGUGGUAUGCAGAUUUUUGUCAAGACCCUUACUGGCAAAACCAUUACCCUUGAAGUUGAAAGCUCUGAUACAAUUGAUAACGUGAAGGCAAAAAUUCAAGAUAAGGAAGGAAUUCCCCCAGAUCAGCAGAGAUUGAUUUUUGCAGGCAAGCAACUUGAAGAUGGCCACACACUUGCUGAUUACAAUAUCCAAAAGGAGUCUACACUUCACUUGGUGUUGCGUCUCAGGGGAGGAAUGCAAAUUUUUGUUAAGACAUUGACUGGAAAGACUAUCACUUUAGAGGUGGAGAGUUCGGACACAAUUGAUAAUGUGAAGGCUAAGAUUCAGGAUAAGGAGGGUAUUCCUCCAGACCAGCAGAGAUUGAUUUUCGCAGGGAAGCAAUUGGAAGAUGGACGAACCUUAGCUGAUUACAAUAUUCAAAAGGAGUCGACACUUCACUUGGUUCUUCGUCUACGUGGUGGUAUGCAGAUUUUUGUGAAGACCCUUACUGGUAAGACUAUCACAUUGGAGGUUGAGAGUUCUGAUACCAUUGACAAUGUGAAGGCAAAGAUUCAAGAUAAGGAGGGGAUUCCACCUGAUCAGCAGAGGUUGAUUUUUGCUGGAAAGCAAUUGGAAGAUGGAAGGACUCUUGCUGAUUAUAACAUUCAGAAAGAAUCCACUCUUCACCUUGUCCUUCGUCUUCGUGGUGGUGAUUAUUGAGUAGGUGCUUACGGUGUUCCUCCAGUAUGCCCAGGAACAUGUUUGGUUGUCUAGGUGGUUUUAGUUAUUUUCUGCCUCGUUUUGAAACUAUAUUGUGCUUGCUGUUUAUCUUCUGGUUAGCACUUGUACUGUAUGGUUUAAGGUUUCGUGAACCUUUAGUAUUUUAUCUUUCUUUUUUGCGUUUUUGGAUGAACA